UGUCGUCAUCGUCGUAUAAAAGUGAGGUUAAUGAGGAUAAUGUAGAUUUAUCAUAUUUUUUUAAAUUAAUUUAAAAAAGUUAUAAAAAAUAAUUAGUCACAGAAGGUAGUAAACGAAUAUGCAUCACUCGUUAUGCAAUAAAAUAACUCUGAUCAACAAGUUAACCAUGCUAGGAAUGAAAUACUGAAAAGUAUUAUGAUAAUUAAAAAAAAAAUUGAUAUUAUUUCUUAUCAUAAAGCAUUUCUACAUAUAUGACGAAAGAAGAAACAUUUGAAGAAAAUAUAAACAACAGUGAUAACGGUGAUGUAAUAAUAAAUAAUUAUCGAUUAAAUGAGUUGAUUGAUUUGCGACAAGUUAUUAAUGAAAAAAUAAAUAAAAAAGAAAUAUUCUACAGUUUUGAACUUUUUCCAAUGAACGAAUCUAAAGAUAUUUUUGAAAUAUUUUUCACAGAGAUGAACAAAUAUUCUCCAGUAUUUUAUGCAUUAGCUUGGAGUGCGACAAAUUUGUAUUUAUCAUUGAAUAUUGUUAAACAAUUUCCUCCUAAUACAUUAUUACAUGUAGCAGUUAAAGGUUUAAAACGAUGUAAUGUAGAAGCAAUAUUAAAAAAAGCUUAUAAUCUUGGAAUAAGAAAUAUUUUUGCACUUUUAGGAGAUUCUAAACUUGAAGAUGGUGAUUUUCCACAUGCCAUUGAUUUAGUUCAAUUUAUCAGAUCACAUUAUGGUAAAGAAUUUAAUAUUUGUGUUGCGGGUUAUCCUGAUAUGCAUCCAUUAUCACCAAACAAAGAUCUUGAUCUGUUUUAUUUAAAAGCAAAAGUUGACGCAGGUGCAGAUUUUAUUAUAACGCAAAUGUUUUUUGAAUCCAAUAAAUUUAUAAACUUUGUUAAUGAUUGUAGAAAUAUUGGAAUAACAGUUCCAAUUAUUCCUGGAAUCUUUCCAAUAUUUGAUUACAAAUCAUUAAAAAGAAUGACUAAUAUCUGUCAAUUAAAUAUACCAAAUAAUAUCUUAAAUCAUUUAGAAAAAAUCAAGGAUAAUGAUGAAGAAGUUGAACAUUUUGGAAUUGAAUUAACAAUGAAUUUAAUUAAGGAUAUCAUUGAAUCUCAAGCUUCAUAUGGUUUUCAUUUCUUUACAUUA